GCCCCCUCCGGUGAAGGGCGAGAGUUACGGAGGCCGGCGAGGCUGCGGAGCCGCGUGGGUUGCUGGGACCCCGGCGUGCGCGGAGUCCGCCUUUUAACAUAGUUGUAACUCAAGAGGAGCUGAGAAUCUGAUGACAUGGCUUUAGUUACCUUACGGAGGAACCUCUGUCACUUAUCUGAUUUUCGGUUACACGGAGCUCUGGCUGCUCUGAAAACUCAGCAUGUAAAUCAUGUUCACAGGACAGUGAAAGAGCAUCUGUGUCCAUGGUUCUGGUCGUUGCAACCUGGGCCCAUCAGAGUCCGGUUCCAUCAUGCCCAUUGUAAGAAGUUUCAUUCAGAAAACGGAAAUGACCUCCAUCCAGUUGGGGAGCCAGGGUUCUCUCAAGUACACAACUGGGACAGAUUUGAGCACAAUGUUAAAAAUGUGGACGAACAGACGUUUUACAGGAAAAUAAACAGCUUCACUUCAUCAGGAGAAGUCUUACAUUUUAUAAGCACACUGGAGACUUUGCCUGAUACUAUGAUGGCAGAAGCCUUACGUCGGAUUUGUGAAGUGGAAAAAAAAAAUCAAAGGUUGCCAAAAGAAAUACUGGAGAGUAGUGCCUUUCAAGCUUUGUGUGAUCGGUUUGGACGGGAUCCCUCGAAUCUGUCAAGUGCGGGUUUGGUGACUGCUUUUCAAGCCCUGACUCUGUUGUAUGGGGAUGCCCAGAGUCACUUGCUGAUGAACCUGGAGGCAGAAUGCCAGCAUCGUCUUGAAAGAGGCGGCCUGGACGUUCACAGUCUUUGUAUUCUGGGAGAAAGUCUGAUUAAACUGCACGGUCCAGGUUGUUCGACGCUAGACCUGAUCAUAUACCAACUGCAAGGGGAAAGUUUGGAAACAUUUACCCCCGAGGAUAUCGUGACCGUUUACAGACUACUGCAGGCGAGUCCUGAAAAAGCAGACCAACAGCAGAGGUUCUUAAAUAAGAUCAAUCACUUUUCUCUAUCACUAGUUUCCAACCUGAGUCCUAAAUUGAUGAGCCAGAUGCUCACUGCCCUAGUGGUCCUUGAUCAGACUCAGGCACUUCCCCUGGUUAUCAAGCUGAGUAAAUACGUCGUGCGGCACAUCGCUCGUUUCACUAGUGAAGAGCUCAGAAAGGUCUUAGAGGCGUUCAUAUACUUUGGGCACAGUGACAGAUUCUUUACAGAAACCCUGGAGCAGCAUGUCGCUUCACUGUGUCUCACUCUGGAUCCUGAGCUUGUCAGCAGAGUCAUGGAGUACUGCAGCAGAAAGCUGAUCCUUUCAGAACCCAUCUUCAAUGCAGUGGCAGAAACUUUUGUUUAUCAAACAGAAAAAUUUUCACCUAGUCAAACUGCCGAGUUAAUUGAGCCAUUUGGAAAACUCAACUAUCUGCCACCAAAUGCUUCUGCUUUAUUUAGAAAGCUAGAAAACAUGCUGUUAACCCACUUCAAUCAUUUUCCCCCAAAAACACUGCUGAAGCUUCUCCAUUCAUGUUCACUUAUUGAGUGCCAUCCGGUCAACUUUAUGGCCAAGAUAUUCAGCCCAUAUUUUCUCCAGCGGCUUCAAGGUGAAGAGUCCUAUUUGGACAGACUGAGCCUAGCGCAACUGACCCAACUCUUCUUAACCUUGAUUCUAGAAUGCCCAUUCUAUAAGGGUCCAAAACUUCUUCCUAAGUUUCAAGUGAAAUCCUUUCUUACUCCGUGCUCUUCCCUGGAGACCCCCAUGGAUUUUCACCUUUAUAAAUCUGUGAUGAUUGGACUGAUCGACCUGUUAGGAGCAAGACUGUAUUUUGCUUCAAAAGUGUUAACACCCUAUUGCUACACAAUAGAUGUUGAAAUUAAAUUAGAUGAAGAUGGAUUUGUAUUACCAUUUACAAUUGAUGAAGAUGUACAUAAAAGAGUAGCACUGUGCAUUGAUGGUCCAAAAAGGUUUUGUCUGAAUAGCAAACACUUACUGGGGAAGGAGGCUACUAAACAAAGACACCUGCGCUUGCUUGGUUAUCAAGUUGUCCAGAUACCCUAUUAUGAGAUCGAGAUGGUAAAAUCAAGACUGGAAUUAGUGGACUAUUUACAAGGAAAACUAUUUUCUCAAAACUCAGGUGGUCAUUGGUAAUAAGAAUGAAUAUGGACUUUUGAGCUCACACAGUGAAAGAACUUGCGAAUUAGCCAUUUAUUUAUGGAAUGAUCUGGAAAGGGUCUCUUGUUUCCUUGUACUACGUAUACACUUUUGUUGUUGUUCAGUCACGAAGUCGAGUCCGAUUCUUUGCAACCCCAUGGACUGAGGCACGCCAGGCUUCCCUGUCCUUCACCAUCUCCCGGAGUUUUGCUCAAACUCAUUGAGUCAGUGAUGCCAUCAAACCAUCUCAUCUUCUGCUGCCCCCUUCUCCUCCUGCCCUCAAUCUUUCCCAGCAUCAAGAUCUUUUCCAAUGAGCCAGUUCUUCACAUCAGGUGGCCAAAGUAUUGCAGUUUCAGCAUCAGUCCUUCCCAUGAAUAUGCAGGGUGAACUUCCUUGAGGAUUGACUGGAUUGAUCUCCUUGCUGGCCAAAGGACACUCAAGAGUCUUCUCCAACACCACAGUUCAAAAGCAUCAAUUCUUCAGAACUCAGUCUUCUUCAUGGUCCAGCUGUCACAUCCAUACAUGACUACUGGAAAAACCAUAGCUUUGACAGCAUGGACCUUUGUCGGCAAGGUGAUGUCUUUGCUUUUUAAUACGCUGUCUAAGUUUGUCAUAGUUUUCCUUCCAAGGAGCAAGCAUCUUUUAAUUUUGUGGCUGCACUCACCAUCAACAGUGAUUUUGGAGCCCCCCAAAAUAAAACCUGCCACUGUUUCCAUUGUUUCCCCAUCUGUUUGCCAUGAAGUGAUGGGACCUGAUGCCAUGAUCUUAGUUUUUUCAGUGUUGAGUUUUAAGCACUUACCAGUAGCAAAUUUAAAAUUAAUCUUUAUUUAAUACUAGUAUCAUAGAUACUUUUAUACAUCAAACAACUGAUCAAGUACAAUAAAGGAGUGAGUAAAUGUCAUUAUAUUUUUUUAAGUCUUGUGUCUUGUGAUGGUUAUCUGCUAACUGAAAAUAUUUUGAGAAACUUUUACUUGCUCUUCUAACGUAAGAAAUUUUAUCUCCUAUUUUUUUCUUUUGUAUUUUAUUAGAGGAAGUAAUAUAUGGUAAGAAAAGGAGCAAGGAAAAUAGGUGUGCAUAUGAACAUAUAGAAU